AUGUGUGGCUGAAUGUAUUCUACAGUAAUGUGAAGAUGGAUGUGCAAAAAUCAUGGCUGGAUGGAAGGAUGGAGAACCAUAUCGUGAUGACACUGGACCUCAUAUCUGCCCUGCUUGCCAUGAGACUAAUGGAGUCUGCAUCAAAUGAUAACAACACCACCUCAACUCCUGCAGGAGGACACGCAGUACCCGUGUGAGUGACUGGCAGAGUGAGCCAAUGAGCUUCACACCGAGUCCGGCUGCAGUCCCAGACAGGGACAACCUUCCACUGAAGAAGAGGGACCAAAGACUGAGCUCACCAUCACAGCAGCAGCAGCAGCAGCAAUGUGAUACUGCAACAUUUAAGGCGCCGUAUCCAUACAAGAGCCACAGUGACUUUAAGUCAACACACACAGGCCCAUUUCAGCCGGUUCCGAGGCGCGUUCCUGCUCUGUACCAGCCCUGGACGCAGCAGCUUCACACAUCCAGCAGGCCCACUCCUCAUACGCUAUCUGCAUUCAGGGAGCCUCAUGGCUGGACAGAGUGGAGAGAGUUCAACCCCCUGCACUCCGGGUGGCACUUUUCCCAGCACUAUCAGCACAACAGACACUCAUCUAGCACACCUGUAGUCCACCCGGGCCAUCCACAUCAGCCCUCUUUGGUCUCUGAUGGUCUCCACAUGGGUGAAAGGUACGGCUGGGAGCAGCUGAAGAUACUAAGAGACAGGGAUCGGCAGAGUAAUGGCCGAUACAAAGGACCAUACACAAGGAGAAGAGAAAGGAAGGUUGAUUUUUAUCCUAGGGCUGAAAAAAUAACUCCACCAUCGUUGAGCAUUUGCCUACCUCACUCUCCACACGAGGACCAAUUUGACUUUGUCAGGCACUCUGUUUCUGGAAGUCCCUUCAGAAGAGUUUCCCCUGGCGAUGACUCAAACACUUUAUAUACCUCCAUGAAAGAGGAUGCAUCAAGAUCUCCACCUGUGCCCUCUUCCAAACACGCUUCUUCUUCUUCUUCUUCUUCUUCUUCUUCUUCUCCUCCUAACCAUUUCCCUUGGCUGCUCCCUCACUUCGUGGCUGGCUCGCUCAUCGAGCUCAGAGACGGGCGGCUGAGACGAGUGGAGCACCUGCAGACGGAGGACUUCCUGCUGGGAUCACUGGCCUGUCCAGACCUGCGCCUGAGCUGCUGCACAGUGCAGAACAUCUCGACGCCAACCUCGUCCUCCUCCGUCUCGCGCCUCCUCGUCCUGCUGCACGACCUGCAGUCGCAGGAGGUGGUGGAUGUCUACAUGGAGUAUCCGUUCUUUGUGCGUGGGCAGGGCUGGUCCUCGUGCAGCCCUCAGAGAACUGCCCGUCUCUGUGGCCUGCAGUGCCGUCAGCUCAGUGUGGGGGACGUCUGCCUGGCUCUCACGCCCGUCUCAGCCACACAGCCUCCACCGUCAGCCACCCUGGAGCCAAAAACCUCAGCCAGGAAGUCAGCGGGGGGGUUUGAGCCCCUAAAGCUAUCACAACCACAGGUUCUCCCAGAGCCGCAGGAGCCAGCCGGGGGGGAGAGGAGGGUGGCAGUGGCAGGGAGGAGGAGACACUGUUCAGCCCCUGAUCUGAGACACCCAGAGACUAAUUGCAUGUAGAAAGGAAGACCACUUGUUUAUGGGCAGAUAACAAGUCAGUCUCUGUAUUAAGCUCCGCUAUCUUCAGCCUGUAUUUUUUUUUUCUGUUUCUCUCUACCUCCUGAAUCGUAUAUCUGUGCAUGACUGUAUUUAUGUUUUUAAAUGACAUCUAAGGAGUAAAUGUGAAGCAGCACGAUCGUCAGGGGGACUCGUGAGCACUUACUGUCCACAUUAUUAGGUACACUUGACACUUUUUCAUAGUGUCCUGCUGCUGUGGCCCAUCUCCUUGAAGUUAUGGUGUGUGUUGUGCAUGAACAGAUGGUCUUUGUUUGUCAUGAGUGCUUAUUUUGAGUUACAAUUCUGUCAUCUCAAACCAGACAGGCCAUUCUCCUCUGACCUCUGGCGUCAGCGAGGCAAUGUUUCCUCUUUUUCGGACCAUUCUCUGUAAAACCUAGAGAUACU